GCGCGGCGGUUUCCUCCGCCCCCUUUUGACUGCCUUUGGAGCGGCGCUUUCUCCUCUCGCGUCUUGCUGGGAGAGGUGACUGAGCGCAGAGGUGACCCCGAGGAGUCAGUCAAUCAGUUAGUGGGGCCGGCUGCUUUCCUCGUCUCGUCGCCAUGUCUAAACCAAUCAGAGUUCUGGUGACUGGUGCUGCUGGACAGAUAGCCUAUUCUCUGCUCUACGGCAUUGCUAAGGGUGAUGUCUUUGGCAAAGAUCAGCAACUUAGUCUUGUUCUGUUGGAUAUCACUCCCAUGAUGACUGUAUUGGAUGGUGUACUUAUGGAAUUGCAAGAUUGUGCUCUUCCUCUGUUAACAGAGGUAAUUGCAACUGACAAAGAAGAUGUGGCGUUCAAAGACCUUGAUGUAGCCAUCCUAGUGGGCUCCAUGCCAAGGAAAGAGGGCAUGGAACGGAAAGAUCUUCUCAAGGCUAAUGUGAAAAUUUUUAAGUCCCAAGGCGCAGCACUGAAUAAGUAUGCAAAGAAGACAGUUAAGGUGAUUGUGGUCGGCAAUCCAGCCAACACCAACUGCCUUAUUGCUUCCAAGUCUGCUCCCUCCAUCCCAAAAGAGAAUUUCAGCUGUCUAACUCGUCUGGACCACAACAGGGCAAAGUCCCAGAUUGCCCUGAAAGUUGGUGUAACUGCCAAAGAUGUGAAGAAUUGCAUUAUCUGGGGGAAUCACUCCUCUACUCAAUAUCCAGAUGUUAACCAUGCCAAAGUGAAAGUGCAAGGGAAAGAUGUUGGAGUUUAUGAAGCCGUGAAGAAUGAUAAUUGGCUGAAGGGCGACUUCAUCACAACUGUUCAGCAGCGGGGUGCAGCUGUCAUUAAGGCCAGGAAGCUGUCAAGUGCUAUGUCAGCAGCCAAAGCGAUCUGUGAUCAUGUGAGAGACAUCUGGUUUGGUACUCCAGAGGGUGAAUUUAUUUCCAUGGGUGUAAUUUCUGAUGGAAAUCCUUAUGGUAUCCCGGAAGAUCUGAUCUAUUCGUUUCCUGUUGUUAUAAAAGAUAAAAAAUGGAAGCUUGUUGAAGGCCUUCCUAUUAAUGACUUCUCCCGUGAGAAGAUGGAUUUGACAGCUAAAGAGUUAACUGAAGAAAAGGAAACUGCCGUUGAGUUUCUGUCCAGCGCAUGACUAAAUGCUCACCAAGAUGCAGGAGAUGGGUCAACCCCUGAAGAGUCUAAAAGUCGUCUCUAAAGUCACCAUCGAAUACUACUGUAUCAGAUGUUUCCCCCUCCCUUGUGGCAAUCCUUUGAUUAUCUGCUUUGUUGGUACCUCUGUGCCUGUUAUUGAGUGCUCUUAGUAAUGAGAUGAAUGCACAACCUGUUUUAAAUGUAGUGUGCAGUCUUGACCAAAUCUUGGUUUAUUGUUUGCUGCUUGCAUUGCAUAGUACAUAGCCUACUUAGCCUCCAUUUCCGGAAGGUUAGAAACCUUUAAGCUUGAUUUACACUAAAAGCAAAUCCGCAGUCCUGAUGGUAAUUUCUAUGGAAUGGGUUAAUCAAGUACAGCUAGAUUCAGCAGUGGCACAAGAGAAAGCCUACAGGGCAUAUACUUAUUAGUAUGCAAAAAUCUAGGUAGGAAAUAUUGAGUAUAAUGAAUGUACUAUGUAUUAACAGUCACUGACUUUCUCAAGCAAUCGUAUUCAAAGCACAUUAAAUGUUGAGUAGGCACUCCUA